CCCGGAUGGGGCGGGGAGGUUCGACGUCACCAGCCCCGCCCCCUUGCGCAUGCGUGCGGCGUGCGCUUGAAGGCGCCACUUUCUCUCUGAGUCGGCGGCGCCAUGUUCGAGGCCUAUUCGCCGGUGGAGGCCGGGCUGGGGCCCGAAGAGAACUUUCUCUCGUUGGCAGACAUUCUCAUGUCCCAGGAAAGGCUGCCUUGUCGAGCCGAGACCUCCUUGCCUCGCCUGGCCGCUGUGCUAGGCAAGGCCGCCCCUGAGCCCGGCGCUGCCGUCCCUGAGGGUUCCAGGCUGGAAAUUCCCCUCUGGCUGGCCAAAGGACUGUAUGAGAACAAGCGGAGGAUCAUUUCUGUUGAGCUGCCGAAAAUCUACAAGGAGAGCUGGCGGACAGUGUUCAAUGCCGAUGCUAACGUGGUUGAUCUGCAUAAACUGGGGCCCUACUACUAUGGACUUGGCUCCCAGCUCCUGAAUUUUGACAGUCCUCAAAAUACUGAACUAGCUCAGACCGUACUGCAGACAUUCAUUGGUCGAUUCCGUCGCAUCAUGGACUCCUCCCAGAACACGUACAACGAGGAUACCUCUGCGCUGGUGGCCCGGAUGGACGAACUGGAGCGGGGCUUGUUUCAGGCUGGUCAGAAGGGACUGAAUGACUUCCAGAGCUGGGAGAUGGGCCAGGCCUCUCAGAUCACCAUCUCCAGCCUGGUCCAGAAUUACAAGAAGAGAAAAUUUACGGAUGUAGACAGUUGAGAGCAUGGAAGGAGCAUACAAAACCCUCAUGGUGGGAAAUUGCUGAGGCUUGUGGCCUCCUACAGCAGUGUAGAACAGAUACGAUGAAUUAAACUUCUUCCUGGUGGCAUUUUGAGAUUGGACCAGAGCAUAUUUUGGAGGAGUCUUGGCUGGUGUCACAUAGCAUAUGCCCUCCCCCUUCUCCAGCGGAUCAGUGAGGCUGUCGUGGCUUUGUGGCUGGAUGGAAAUGAGCAGCAGGAGCAAAUUUUCUCAGAAACCAUUCAUGUUUUAAUCAUCCUAAUCCAUUGAUGUUUUAAUCUUUCAGUAGAGAUUCUAGACACGUGGAGCAAAACAGGGAGGUUUUGCCCUCCCCCAGCAAUUGAGUUUCAUGCCUCUGGAAAUCAUCUGUGUGAAAUAGUUGGACUACUGCUGCAUAGCCUACAGGAUUGUUUUUCUCUUAUACUGCCUUUGCUUUUGUUUGUUACAGUAAAGUGGCUUUUCCUAGGAGGGAAAGUUGGCUCCAAAAUA